UGCGGGUGGGCGACAGGCAGGCAGGCGGCAGCGUGCCAGCGUCCUCCUCCCGCGUGCUCUGCCCUCCUUCCUUGCCCCCCGGGGGACUAGGCUUAGGCUCGGCUGGACCUGGGCACGGUCGCAGCGCGGCUCUGCUCGGCCCUCUGAAGGGGCAUUGCCCGGGCAUGGCCGCGGCGGGGUUGCGGCUUCUUGGAGCCGUGUGGCUCUUGGCGGCGCUGCUGCUUCUGCGGCCGGGCGCCGCGGCGUCGGCCGCGGUGGCCGCCGUGGACGGCCGGCGCGCCAUCGCGGCGACGGGGGAGGACUUCGUGUGCGCGACACUGGACUGGUGGCCGCCGGACAAGUGCGACUACGGCACCUGCGCCUGGGGCCGCGCCGGGCUGCUCAACCUGGAUCUCUCCAACAAGGUCUUGCUCAAUGCCGUCAGAGCCUUCUCGCCGCUGAAGCUCCGGCUGGGAGGCUCGCUGCAGGACAAGGUGCUGUACGGCACCGCCGACCUCCGGCAGCCGUGCACGCCGUUCGUCAAGAACGAGUCGGAGAUGUUCGGCUUCACUCAGGGAUGCCUGCCCCUGCGCAGGUGGGACGAGCUCAACGCAUUCUUCCAGAAAUCCGGUGCCAAGAUUGUGUUCGGGCUGAACGCAAUGAAAGGCCGGGUCCCGUUGCCGGAUGGAUCUAUGGGAGGGCCAUGGGAUUACACCAAUGCAGCAUCGCUGAUUCAGUAUACUGCAUACAAGGGCUACCACAUUCAUGGAUGGGAGCUUGGAAAUGAACUUAGUGGUAAGGGAGUUGGAGCCCGAAUCGGAGCUGACCAAUAUGCCGCAGAUGUGAUCGCCCUGAAAACAAUAGUCGACGACAUACACCGAAGCACUCCAUCAAAGCCACUGGUGCUUGCUCCUGGAGGAUUUUUUGACCCAGACUGGUUCACGGAACUGAUCGUCAAAACCAAGCCAAAUCUGUUGAAUGUGAUGACCCACCACAUCUACAACUUAGGACCAGGAAGGGAUACAAAUCUGAUUGAAAAGAUCCUCAAUCCGUCGGUCCUCGACGGAAUGGUAAGCAUAUUCAGCAAUCUUCAGGGCAUACUGAAAUCCACAGGGACAUCGACCGUCGCAUGGGUUGGGGAAGCUGGAGGGGCUUACAACAGCGGCCACCACCUUGUCACUGACGCAUUUGUGUUCAGCUUCUGGUUUUUGGAUCAGCUUGGGAUGUCAGCAAAGUAUGACACAAAGAGCUACUGCAGACAGAGUUUGAUUGGCGGCAACUACGGCCUGCUGAACACCACGACAUUUCAACCGAACCCUGACUAUUACAGUGCUUUACUGUGGCAUCGCCUCAUGGGAACCAAAGUUCUAGCAACAACAUUCAAUGGCACCAACAAGAUCCGCGCUUACGCCCACUGCGCUAAAGAUUCGCCAGGAAUCACUCUACUGCUGAUCAACCUCAGCGGCAACACCAAGACUGAAGUCACCGUGACAGCUCAUGCCGCCGCUGCCGGCGGUGCGCACAAGCACGGCGAGAGGACGAGCUACACCACGGCCCAGGUCUCAGUGACAAACCAAGCCGCCACCGCCGGUGAGCACAAGCACGGCGCGAGGAGGCACGCCAGGAAGUUCGGGCACGCUCACGCCCACGCCCCCGGCUUUGCGGCGGCGGCCGACGGCGCCACGAGAGACGAGUACCACCUCACGCCGAAGGGCGGCGACCUGCGGAGCCAAGUGAUGCUGCUGAACGGCAAGGCCCUGGCCACCGGCGCGGACGGGAGCAUCCCUAGGCUGGAGGCGGUGAAGGUGGACGCGGCGCAGCCCAUCGCCGUGGCGCCCUACUCCAUCGUGUUCGCUCGGAUUUCAGAUUUCCAUGCCCCGGCAUGUAGCUAGCUAGGACUUAGUAGAUGGGCUAGAUCAUAAUAAUGGGUGGGAUUGGGGUGAUUGGUGAUGAUGGAUGGACAGCGAAGCUUUCCAUCUAGAAGAUGAAGUGAUAUGCAAGACACUUGCCAAAGGGCAUCUAGCUGAGUUGGUUAGAGGAACCCAGCGGCACUCCUCAGGUUCUGGGUUCGACUUCCCGUGGGAGCGAAUUUCAGGCUGAGGUUAAAAAAAUCCCCUCGCUGGCCCCGGUGCCAAUGCACUAGUGUGGACGGCCCAAGUCGGCCUGAGGACCCUUACAUGGCCCAGACAGGGUUACCAUGGGCUACGGCCCCCAGUGUCAGAGCGGGGCCAGGGUUCGGGGAUUUUCUCGGUCGGGGAAGCCGAGGCUUCUUCUAGAAAGUGAUUUUCUCGGUCGGGGAAGCCGAGGCUUCUUCUAGAAAGUCAAUACUGGUGCGGCGGUCUUUCCCCACCCGGCCGAGUUUUUUUUAGAUAUGCAAGGCACUUGCUGAAAGAAAGGGAUGCUAGGGUACAAUUGUUUUCAUCUCUAUUCUUAGAAGAGAAUUGGUAAAUGUUGAAAGAAUUAUGAUGAUCAACAAUGGAAAAGGGGAGAAGCUAUUUUCCAGCGUCAUUAAGUUCCUUGUUUGGAUUAAAGCAGAAUUAUAGAAGGGCGGGAAAAAAAUAAAAAUGAAUUUAAGGGUAGUAUUAAGAAAUUUGUUAGGAGUUCCUAAGAAAGUACUUUAUAGAUUUUGCUUUUAUAUUGUAUAAUGUACGAUAAUAAGGGCCUUUUUUAUCUCAUGGAAUAUCAUAAA